CUAUCUCUCUCUCAGUCUCGACAAAAAUCCUCGGAAACUUUAAUCGUUAAACCCAAAACCUAAUUAAACCCUUUCUGACUUUUGUGUGCUGUUCAUCUUCGUUCUGCUCCGCGUUCUUCUCUCUCCCAAGCUCUCUUGAGCUAAACCUCGAAAUUUUAUACAAUGAUAACUUCAGUUUCAUGGAUUCCGAAAGGGUCUCUAAAAGCCGUUCCUGAUGUUGCUGAACCUCCUUCAAAGGAGGAAAUCAAAGAGCUCAUUGAGAGUGGAGCUUUUGGAACAAGUGUUGACGGUAGUCAAGAGGAUGGAGAAGAGAUAGAAGAAGAUGGAAAUCAGAUUAGUGAAGUUGAUCAUGCCAAGGCUGUAGCAGAAGCUUUUGGUAAAUCUUCCAAUAGCAAGAACGCUUCUUCGAUGGAGGUUGAUGAGGUAGCUGAGGGCUUGAAAGAACUAGACAUGGAUAAUUACGAUGAAGAGGAUGAUGGGGUUGAACUCUUCAGCUCUGGCCUUGGGGAUUUAUAUUAUCCAAGUAAUGACAUGGAUCCAUAUCUGAAGGGUGUUACUGAUGAUGAUGACGAAGAUGAAGAGGAUAUUGAUGACACGACAAUCAAGCCAACGGAUUCAGUGAUUAUCUGCGCUAGAAACGAAGAUGAAGUCAGCCAUCUGGAGGUUUAUGUGUACGAGGAGUUAUCGAAUGGCUCUCCAAACAUGUAUGUUCAUCAUCACAUAAUUAUACCGGAAUUCCCGUUGUGUACUGCGUGGAUUGAUUGUCCUCUUAAAGGAGGGGGAAAAGGGAAUUUUGUAGCUAUUGGCUCAAAGGAUACGCCGACAAUAGAGAUAUGGGAUCUUGACGUUAGGGACGAGGUGCUACCUUGUAUACAACUAGGAGGAAAAGAGGAGAUGGAGAUUAUUAAGAAAAAGAAGAAUAAGAAAGAUAAGAGUAAGAAAGCGAAGAGUAAGAAGCAGAAAUACAAAGAAGGUAGCCACACUGAUUCAGUACUUGGUCUUGCUUGGAACAAGGAGUUUCGGAAUAUACUUGCUAGUGCUAGUGCCGACAGAAAGGUUAAGGUUUGGGAUGUGGCUACCGGAACAUGUAAGAUUACUAUGGAGCAUCACACAAAGGAGGUUCAAGCGGUUGCUUGGAACCAUUUUGCUCCAGAAGUGCUUCUCAGUGGGUCGUUUGAUCAGACUGUUGUAUUGAAAGACGGAAGACAACCUUCACACUCGGGUUUCAAAUGGUCUGUAAUGUCUGAUGUCGAAAGCUUAGCCUGGGAUCCCCACAGUGAACAUUCCUUUGUGGUAAGUCUUGAGGAUGGAACCGUGAAAGGGUUUGAUAUACGUGCCGCACAGUCAGGUUCAGAUUCUGAUUUAAAACCAAGUUUCACUAUCCAAGCACAUGACCAAGACAAAGGAGUCUCCUCCAUCUCAUACAACAUAUCUGCACCCAAUCUUUUGGCUACGGGGUCUAUGGAUAAAACGGUAAAACUUUGGGAUCUUUCAAACAAUGAGCCUUCAUGCAUUGCUUCACACAAACCAAAAGCUGGAGCUGUUUUCUCCAUUUCCUUCUCCGUGGACAACCCUUUCUUGCUCGCUAUUGGUGGUUCAAAGGGAGAGCUACAUGUUUGGGAUACUCUGUUGGACGCUAAUGUCUCUCGCAAAUAUGGGAGCAAUCAAUCUUGAAAAACCCUUCAAGGAUCACUUGUUUCUUUGAAGCUAUGAUGGUCGUUUGAUUCCAACACACUUAUGCCAAAAUUUUGCAGUUUUCUUUUUCUGUUUCUCUUUAGGUUUGUUUGAUCUCCUAUGAUUAUGAUAAAUCGUGUAAGGGUGUGAGCUUAUAUAUUUGUUGAAUGCUUAAGAUUGACAAAGCCUUUUUCAACUUAUCAAGAAGAUUUAUUUAUCACUUGUUUAA